GAACGAACAACCGUGUCGAGAGUUGAGAGUCGAGAAGAGAUUCCCCCCCCCCGAACAACUAAAAAUUAAACCGAAACGAAGACGAAGAAGCUUAUAAUUAUAAUCAGCAUAAUUAGCAAAGAUUGUUGAAUUAAAAAAAAAAAAACGAGAGAAAAAAUGUGUCUUAAUCUGUUCCUUCAACUGACAUUUGCGCUGCUCGCCAUCGAGGCUGCCAAUCUCUAUGUGCCCGACUCGGAUCGCAAUACGCAGACACUGCACAACGAUCUGCAAGUGGAACCCGAUGGCAACUAUCGCUACGCCUACGAGACAUCCAAUGGCAUUGCGGCCACACAAUCCGGAUUAGGCGGCAUUGCCGUUCAAGGUGGCUCCAGUUGGACCUCACCCGAGGGCACACCGGUCAGCGUUAGCUAUGUGGCCGAUGAGCUGGGAUACUAUGCCGUUGGGGAUCACAUUCCCAAGAUACCCGACUAUAUACUUCGCUCCCUGGAGUACAUUCGCAAUCAUCCGUACAAGGUGAAGGAUUACUACACCGGGGAAGUGAAGACGGUGGCCCACGAUGCGGAGGCCUUUAAGGUCUAUACCCGCAACAUUCAUGCGCCAACAACGCCACGAACUCGUCCCAGCACCACUCCCAAGGUGGUCCAUCUUACACAUCCGCCCACAAAGCGUUCGUUGAGGAGAAGACGUUACUCCGCCAGGCGGCAAUAAAGCAUUGGGCUGGGGAAGAUAGCGGGGCGGGACGGCAACACAAACUGUGAAUUUGAUCUAAACAAUAAAUUAA